AUGUUCAAGACAUCACCCAACAACGUUCCCAAGGAAACCUUAAAGACCACUUUGUGCUUUUCGAUUGCAGAUCAAGUAGGUGCACUUGAAAACUGUUUGGCUGCCAUCAAAGCUAUGGACAUCUCUCUCACUCGAAUUGAAUCACGUCCUAGCCGUACUAAGGAGUGGGAUUAUGAUUUCUUUGUUGAUUUUGACGCCAAAAGCGCAGAACAGGUCAAUCAAGUUGUCUGCAAGCUCAGAGAUCACACAAAGGAAGUACGUGUCAUUGGUGCCGAUAGCACUAAAGCUGACAGCGUCCCAUGGUUCCCACGCAAGUUGACAGAUCUUGACACUUUUGCUGAAAAGGUGUUAGAGAUGGGCGAAGAACUCAGUUCUGAUCAUCCUGGUGCCCACGACCCUGUCUACCGUGCAAGACGUGCUGAAAUCACUCGUAUUGCCAAGACCUACCGCACUGGUCAAUCUGUACCUGAAAUCGAUUACACUCAGGAAGAGAUUGAGACUUGGGGCAAAGUAUUCCGUCGUCUGACUGCACUUUAUCCUACCCACGCUUGUCGUGAACAUCAGUAUGUCUUGCCUCUCUUGAUUCAAAACUGUGGCUACAGUGAUAAGCAGAUUCCUCAACUGGAACAUAUCUCGAGAUUCUUAAAGGACUGUACUGGCUUCACCGUUCGUCCCGUCAUGGGUUUACUCUCCAGCAGAGAUUUCUUGAAUGCAUUUGCCUUCAGAGUAUUCUAUUCUACCCAAUAUAUUCGCCACGCAUCUAUGCCAUUCUAUACACCAGAACCUGAUGUAUGCCACGAACUACUCGGACACGUUCCAUUGUUUGCGGAUCCUGAUUUUGCAGACUUUUCACAAGAAAUUGGCUUAGCAUCCUUGGGUGCCUCAGAUGAAGAUAUACAAAAAUUAGCUACCAUCUUUUGGUUCACAGUUGAAUUUGGUCUCUGUAGACAAGAUGGUGAAUUAAAGGCUUAUGGUGCUGGUUUACUAAGUUCCUUUGGUGAAUUAGAAUACUGCCUAUCAGAAAAACCUGAACUUAGACCAUUUGACCCGGAAAAGACAGCAGUACAAAAAUACCCUAUUACAGAGUAUCAACCUGUCUAUUUCGUAGCUGAGUCAUUCAAAGAUGCUCAAGAAAAAGUACGUGAAUUUGCUUCCAAAAUGAAUAGGCCAUUCUCAGUCAGAUAUAAUGCCUUGACUCAAUCAAUUGAAGUGCUGGAUAACAAGGAAAAGGUGGUGCGAUUUGCAAGGAGCAUCCGUGAUGACAUGAAAACAUUAACAACCGUAUUGGAAUCACUAGCUUAA